AUGCCUAGCAAGACGAAUGGUGCAUCAAAUGGAACGGCUGAACGUUCGUUUGUCAACUUUGAUCCGGAAGAUCCGGAAUAUAUCAAAGAAUUGCAAAGGCCAGCAGCCAUUAAGGAAGAUUUAUCCGAGAUGGAAAGGCGAAAACGGGUGCAGGAAGUGUUGGAGUCGAAAAAUUUUUGCAGAGAAUUAGAGGAAUUAAUCAAGCAGGAAAGUGAAAGCCACAAAAGUGAUCCGGAUCACUUAAAAACUUUGCAGCGACUUUCUGAACUUACUCUUCCUCAUGGCCAAAUUGCAACAUCCAGUCUUCAUAACAUUGGAGUUGGAGCUGUGUUACCUAUUGCCGAUCUCAAAGGAAGUGGUAGUUACACGCGGGCUGAAAAAAUGUUCAGGAACAAAUUAGCUUCACUGUAUCGCCUAGUGGAUCUUUUCCAAUGGUCGCAGGGAAUUUACAACCAUAUCACGUUAAAAUUACCAGAUUCAGACGAGCUACUGAUUAACCCCUUCGGAUUGUUAUACCAUGAAAUUACGGCCAGUUCGCUGAUAAAAAUCAAUCUUAAUGGUGAAAUCAUUGAUCGUGGUUCCACUAAAUUAGGAAUUAAUCAAGCAGGUUAUGUUUUGCAUGCAGCAAUUCACAAAGCACGUCCCGACGUGAGAUGCGUGUUGCACAUGCAUACUGCUGUCGUAUCUGCAAUUUCAUCAAUGAAAUGUGGUCUUCUGCCACUCUCUCAGGAAGCAAUGAUCAUUGGUCCUGUAGGCUAUCAUGACUACCAGGGUAUAUUGGAUGAUGAAUCCGAAAUGGAAUCAAUCGUCAAAGAUCUCGGCGACAAAAAUGUGAUGUUAUUACGAAGUCACGGAUUUGUAGCAUGUGGUGAAUCUGUUGAGGAUGCCCUACAUCUUGCUUUCAAUACGGUUAUCGCAUGCGAAACUCAGAUCAGAGCUGCAAGGGCUGGCAUUGAAAACCUCGUUAUACCUAAUGAAAAAGCUGUUGAAAGAGUAUACAAAACAGCACGAAAAGGCGGAGGUGGUGUCGAUCGCAAUGGUGCAAAAGAUGCGGAGGGGAAGCAAAUUAAUUGGAGGAUCGGUGAGUUGGAGUGGGAAGCAUGGAUGCGUGUACUUGAUAAUGCGGGCUACCGAACGGGUCAUAUUUAUCGACAACCUCUUUUUCGAUCGAGAGCACUUCCUUCAUCAACAAAUAAUCAAAAUGAUGUUGCUGUUCCACCUAGUGCCUCGUCAAUUGGCACCGUGGAUGAAACUGAUUAUGAGUCAGUGACAGCGCAUAAGAUGGCGCUGUUGCGCAAGGAACAGGAACGGUCUCGGUGGCUCAAUUCACCGAAUGCAUAUCAGAAAAUCGAAAUCUUGGAAACAGGGACCAAUAAUCCGAAACGGAUUACGAAGUGGGUGCAGGAUGUUAGUUCACCAUCUCAAAGUGGAACCCCAGUGAAAAUUUCUUCGCCGCACCAAUUCAGUCCUUUCUCUUCAAAUCCAAAGGAAUUUAAAGAAAAGCAAAAAGCAAUAAAAGAAAAUCGUCGAUUGGGAACAACUUCAGCAGGUCCACAAUCGCAAAUUUUGGAUGGAGUUACAUAUGAAGAGAUUGCGCAAAUACGGGCGGAUGCAGAAACCAGUGAUAUGGGUCAGGCUGAUCGCGUAGUUAUGAUCGGUACUGCUAGCAAAGGUAUAAUUGAUCGGCAACAUCAACACAAUGCUCAAGUUUAUCGGCAGCUUUACGCACCGAAUCCAUUCGCAAGUGAAACGGAUGAAGAUAUUCAAAAGUAUAUGAAGGAAGUUGAGGCAAAAACUCCAAGACCAAGUUCUGCUGCCGAUAGUACUGAACAUACGACAUCAAGCCCACCUUUAUAUGAAAACGAUAGUCCUUCUGUCGAAACAAUAUCCUUGAUGCAAGCAGCUCGAGAACACCGUACACGUCCCACAUUUAGUGGUAUGGCUUCCGCUUCAAUUGAUGAGGAGGGAGCUCCUACUGAAAUAUCUGUUGGUACUCAUUCGUCACCCGUUGCGCAGCCUUCUACUGGUAGAGUUGGUCGCCUUACGUUGGAAACUACUUUCGAUGAGUCUGAUUUACCACAGAGUCGUUUUGUACGCAGUUCGCCUUUUGUAUCUUCAACGCUACCUUAUCGUCAGUGCUUGUUUCUUGCUUUUUUUUUCCCAGCAUUUCUUGUGAGGAGCAUGCAAAAGGAAGUUGUUCGAUCUAAACUAUGUCUUAAUAUGAAAGGAUUGAAGAUCUGGAAACCGGUCUUAAUCCUACGCUGCCUGUAG